UCGAACAUCUCUACUCCAGAGUGAUAACAGACUUUUAUGGAGGCUUAUUUCUUGUGAAAUAGAAGAGAAAAACCCGAAUAUGCAGAGAAAGUCCAAUGUAAAAUCCACUUUAUCGCGGUGAAAUUGCACAGGGACAGCUGCAUGUCUACCUGCGUGACCUUUAGCUGAUGACGCAGGAGCUCAUCGGGCGCUAUAGAGGCGAGCGCGCGCCACUGUACACACACAUAUAUACACACACACAGCUGGAGCUCACGCGCAGUGAAACAGGAAGCGCGCGCAGUAGCCGAGCUUCGCUCUCUUUCUCUUUUUCUCUUCGUGUAAAGGUCCGUAAAGCCGCAGGUGAAGCUGGAGGCCAGCGUGCAUCUCUCUCCUCAGUAUGAGUGCAGCGGCAGAGAGAGACAGCCUCCUCCAUGGAGCGACGAACUGGCCCAAAUGUCCCGACACAUCUACACUCGACACGGGACAAACGACGGAGCUUCUAAAGCCGUCUUUCAGAUCAACAGAGGCACCUAUUCCCGCCGCAGCCGUCUCAAGAGGUCCGAUGGCAGCACUACUUCCACCAGCUUCAUCCUCCGUCAGGGUUCAGCUGAUUCCUACACGAGCAGGCCAUCUGACUCAGAUGUGUCUCUGGAGGAAGAGCAGGGUGGCCGCCAGGAGAGAGAGCAGCAGGCUGUGGUGCAGCUGGAGAGGGCUAAGGCCAAAGCAGUGGCUUUCGCUGUGAAGACGAAUGUCAGUUACUGUGGUGCUCUGGAUGAAGAUGUUCCUGUUGCUGGAACUGCCAUUUCCUUUGACACUAAAGACUUUCUCCACAUCAAGGAGAAAUACAACAAUGAUUGGUGGAUUGGGCGACUAGUAAAGGAGGGGUGUGACAUUGGUUUUAUCCCUAGCCCUUUAAAACUGGAGAAUAUCCGUCUUCAGCAGGAGCAGAAGAGGGGACGCUUCCAUGGGAAGUCCAGUGGGAAUUCCUCUUCCAGCCUUGGAGAGAUGGUGUCAGGCACCUUCAAAACCAAUCCUCCAUCUGCAGCUAAACAGAAACAGAAAGUGGCUGAGCAUAUUCCUCCAUAUGAUGUUGUCCCCUCCAUGAGGCCAGUGGUUUUAGUUGGUCCUUCACUAAAGGGAUAUGAGGUGACAGAUAUGAUGCAGAAAGCCCUUUUUGACUUCCUGAAGCACAGGUUUGAUGGCAGGAUAUCUAUUACAAGAGUGACAGCAGACAUCUCAUUAGCAAAGAGAUCUGUGCUCAACAACCCAAGCAAGAGAGCCAUUAUUGAAAGAUCCAACACCAGGUCAAAUUUAGCGGAAGUCCAGAGUGAGAUUGAGAGGAUCUUCGAGCUGGCUAGAUCUCUUCAGCUGGUUGUUCUGGAUGCUGACACGAUCAACCACCCAGCCCAGCUCAUUAAGACCUCAUUAGCACCCAUUAUUGUGCAUGUCAAAGUGUCUUCUCCCAAGGUCUUGCAGCGGUUGAUCAAAUCACGUGGGAAAUCACAGAGUAAGCACCUCAAUGUACAGUUGGUGGCUGCAGACAAAUUGGCUCAGUGUCCGCCGGAAAUGUUUGACAUUAUUUUGGAUGAAAACCAGCUAGAGGAUGCAUGCGAACACCUGGCUGAGUACCUGGAAGCCUACUGGCGGGCAACACACACGUCACUGAGCACUCCACUAAACCCUCUGCUGGGACGCAACCUGGGCUCCACUGCUCUCACACCCUACCCCACAGCCAUCUCCACUCUGCAGAGCCAAAGAAACAGAAACAGGAAUCAUUCCAGCGAUCAUUCGCCAAUUGAGAGGCGCAGUCUGAUGACUUCAACUGAAAACUACCACAACACCGAGCGUCAACAGAAGAGCCGGGAGCAAUGGCCACUGGUGGAGGAGGACUACACCGACCCAUACCAGGACACAUACAAACCACACCGGAGCCGUGGCUCUCCAGGGGGAUACAGCAACGACUCACACCACAGAACCUAAGUUCAGCUUCUGCACCCUCUACUGUCCUCGUCUGAGUCCUUUUCUGAGGCAUAGUACCUUGUAUUCCCUCUUGCACUGGUUCUCAUCAAUGGGGAAAGAUCGGGUCAUAUUUGCUUUAAUUGUGGCUAUAAAAUGUUUGUCAGAGAAAUUUGAGGUACAGUAUUCUGCAUUUCAAAAUAUCUCAGCAAGCGAAAUUAUGAUCCUGGGAUGGCCGAAAAUGAAAUGCUAUCCCUCUGGUACAUUAUCUUUCUAAGGUCAUAAGAAUUCUGUGUCUUGUAGGUAAGUUCUCUGUGCAUUUGCAGGGUUAGGUGAUGAAGCAGGUUGGCUCAGAUCAAGAUGCAGAAAUGGCACAGCGCCAAGACCCUUUUGCACAGUAAAAAUUAUUUAGUAGUUACUAGAAAUGGAGUGCACAAUUCCAGAGCAAUGCCAGUGUAUGACCUUUGUUUAUAUGGUAUCAAUUUUGACUGAGAGUGCUCAGAGAGCCUCAGGAACAGGACAUACAGUGGAUAUAAAAAGUCUACAUGCCCCUGUUAAAAUUGCAGGGUUAUCUGGUAAAAAAUGAAACACAGAUAAAACAUAUCAGAUCUUUUCCAUCUUUAUUGUGAUGUAGCAACCAGAAAAAUCCAAGUGGAAAACCAAUAAAAAAAUAACUUAAAACUUAUAAUGACCUUGUUAUACAGCUAAUUAUCAUACAGCUGUCAUCAGUUAAGUCAUUCAGAUUAACCUCAAAUAAAGGUCAGCUAUUUCUUUAGGAUUUUCGUGACCCCUUGGUUUCAUCCAACUGCUGAAGCCAUGGUCCGCAAAGAGCUUACAAAGCAUGUACAGAAUCUCAUUGUUUAAAGGUAUCGGUCAGGAGAGGGGUACAAAAGAAUUUCCAAAACAUUAAAUGUACCACGGAACACCAUGAAGGCCAUCAUCAACAAGUGGAGAAAAUGGGGCACCAAAGUGACAUUACUAAAGAACAGGAUGUUCCUCCAAAAUUAAAGAAAGGACAAGAAGAAAACUUAUCAGAAAGGCUGCAAAGAGAACAUUAAAGGAGCUGCAAGAAUAUCUGGCAAGCACUAGUCACUAUUGUACUGUAUGUGCCAAAAAUCUCUCAUAUUCUUCACAUAUCUGGGCAAAGGAGUAGGGUGGCUAGAGGGAAGCCCUUUCUCACUGUAAAAAACAUCCAACCUAAAUCACCCCCAAACCAUGUGGCAAAGUGUGUUAUGGUCUGAUGAGACCAAUGCAGAAAUUUUUGACAUAAUUCUAAAAGAUAUGUCUGGUGCAAAAACAAGACAGCAAACAGCACCAUACCCACAAUGAAGCAUAGUAGCUGCUUCUCUUCAGGUGGGACUGGGCCAACUUAUGCAACCAGGUUAUUGUAGUUUUUUCAGAUUCUUUUUUUUUUUUUUCAUAAAGCAUUUCUAUUUGUUUUUCACUUUGUCAGGGAGUUGGAGUCGGAUGCAAGUCCAGGUGGUUUUAUAAAAGGACACAAACACAAAAGAAACAAUGUGAAACCAAAAACCAUAUACAUAAACUAUGCUCACAAGGCAGGAAACACAUACAGACCAUAGGUUACACAUGACAAAAGCUUGACAAAGAAACGCACUGAAACCAGAACUUAAAUAGGGGUGCUAAAUAGGUGCAACAGGAGACAGGUGUGAGUGAUCAGUAAGGCAUAUUAUCUGGUCAUAUGAUGUGUUGGGGCUGUUGGGUAAUGUAGUUCUGCCUGGUUACUGGCACUGAACUUUGUUGUUUGCUACAUCACAUUAAAGGUGGAAAAAGAUCUGCCAUGAUUUAUAUUGGUUUCAUUUUUUUCCCAUUAGAAAAACCUGCAAUUUUAACAAGGAUGUGUAUAGUUUUUAUAUCCACUGUACGUGCCAAAACAUAACCCCUCUCCAUAUGUUGAUAUUGAGAAUAAUGAAACAUGAGCCACAUUGUACUGACACAGACAUAUUAUUUUAGUCUUAUAGAGAAGGCUACAGUCUCAUUUGAUAGUAAUAGUGCAUCCUGUAAUGUGAUUACACAAUGGGUAUGUCUUUAAAGUAGAAUGGAGUUAACUCAAAUAUUUAAAUUAGUAGAAAACAGGAAACCUAGAUUUAAAGAGCAUUGAAAUGAUAUUUUGUAAUGAGCAAAAAAAAUGUUUGCCCUCUUAGUUCUGUCAAAUUUGUGUAUAGAGUAAGUUAAGGAAGCAAUACAUAGAUUUAUAAUCAAAUAUCUAAAAUGUGGAUGCACCAAUAUCAUUGAAAUAUAAGUAAAUAGUAAUAUUAGGAUAAAUAUUCAGUGUCAGUACGUGGUGUCCUAGAACUUCUGGAAAUGUUCUUAUUAUCUGCAGUGGCUGUUUUGUGGCUGUAGUUUCUUAUGCCAUGGACAGCAUCAUUUACUGCAGUGCUAAUGUACUAGUAAUGUACGAUUCAUGAGGAUGACACAGAGCUCUUUUAGAUCAGAUGUUGGCUUGUAAGAGUGUCCCCUGCUUUAUGGUGUGUGUUGUCUUUGAACAAUAUACAUGCGGGUAGGCUCUCAGUUGCACAGUGACAGAUUACACUGAAAUCUUUAUCCACUAAGAAAGCAUCCACUAAGCAGUUUCCAAACCCGAGCCAAUUAAAUACAGUGUAGUUGAGUGAAGUGUCCUUACUGUACUACUGCUGCCAGCCCCAUUCUGCCAGGCCUUUAGCAUUUAUAAAACCCAUUAGUUUACAUCCAGCAAUUUGCUGAAUAGUGUAGAAAACAACAGUUUACUUUUAAAAAUGCAUGUAUCUCAUACAGACAUAUUUUCAUUCAUUAGGAAGGAGGAUGUUGAAUUGAGCCUUCUAUAUACGUACUCCACAAUGAUAUGUUUCAGUGAGAUGGCUCCAUAGUUGUUUCACAUUUUUGUUACACAUUUAGUUAAUGAGAAAGAGCUACAUUCACGCAGACAAAACCAUGGUGCUUAACGCUUUGUUUUGCUAACUGAUGAUAAAAAAUGUGUCAUAUAAUAAAAAUUGGUAACACUUUCUAUGAAGGCCAUAUGUACCAUAUGAAGGCCAUAUGUAAUGACCUAUGAAUACAUUCAUAACUUGCAUUCAUAAGGAAUUAUGUACAUUAUUAUGAUUAUUUAUGAAACUGCAUUACAGUUUAUAGCAGUGGUUAUAAUGCAUUUUUAAGUAUGUAGAGUUGUAUACACACUGACUAUAAAGUCAGCUAUAAAGGUAGCUGUAAAGUGUCAUGCAUUUUCAUAAAUGAUUAAAAUGAUGUGGAUGAUGUUUUAUGACUACAUUAGGAAAUGAUAUGUAUACGUGUUAAUGUCUAUAUAGCUCUUCUUAACUAUGAUCUUAACUAUGAUCUUCAUAGAAAAUGUUACCUAAAUCCUCCAGGGUGGUGAAGAUCAUUUAGGUUCAAACACUGAAUAAAUAUAUUUAACACACACACACACACACACUUAUUUAGUUACUUAUGUACAAGUUCUCAAUGUUUAUACUGAUAUGUGAUUGUAUGUAUGUUAUGUAUUGUAGCUAAUGCUCAGGGUCCUUAUAAUAUCAUGCCAUCAGGUUGUGACAUUUUUGCCAUAUUUUUUUUUAGUUCCAAUUUAUUUUUGUAAUUUUACAAGGUGUCCUGUCAUAUCACACAGUGUAUGGUUUUGUUUCAUCUGGUACACCGAUUCAUGCGUUUUUUGUUUGUUAUUAUGACUAUGCCUUAAAUCUGACACCUUGAUAAUUUCUGGAAUAUUUUAAUUUCUUUCUCAUUGUAAAGACAUGGUCUAAAUAAAACUCCACAUACAAUCUAUAUAGUUUUAGUUUAUAAUAAUGAUGAACGAUGUUAUGUAGACACAUUUCUCUCAUUGAGAUGACAAGUUACUUUUCCCUCAUUUAUGGGUCCAGUAAAACCAUCUUUACCCUGGCAACACCUCCCUAAAAGAGAUUUUAUUUGUUCUGCUAUGGCUGAUGUGAUGCAGAUUCACGAGAAUUAUUGGUAAUAAAAUGGAUACCUAUGUAAUCGAGAAUCAAUGACAACCAUUUACUAUGCAAAUGUGUACAGUGCUGCAUGCUGACGCUUUACCUCCCUCUGCAGUUUCUUUGGAGUUCAGUUGGAGUUCAAAUUUUGGCAUUAUUUUUGGGCAGGAUGGCAUCUGAGAGCAAUGCAAAACUGCAUGCGUUCUAGUCAAUUUGAUUCAAUCUAAUUAAGAAAGAGUUUGUUUUUGGAAUGUGGGAGAAUAUAUGUGUAAAAACAGAUGGAUCUAGCUGCAUUUGUUAAUGU